AUGGCGCCGAACACCGAGGAAAUCCGCAAAGCCCUUACCGGGACCUGGAAGCUAGUGUCCUAUGUGAGUAAGCCUAGCGAUUGCAGUGGUCCAAACGGAUACCCCAUGGGCAAGGAUGUUCAGGGUUAUAUUAUGUAUACAGCCGAUGGAUUCAUGUCUGCUCAGCUCAUGGCUCCCGGUUCCCUGAAAUAUACGAACAAUGACGUUUUUGAUGUCGCCGAGAAAGAGGCUGCCGAUGCUUCCCGCCAUUAUCUUGCCUACUCAGGCCCUUAUGAAAUUGAAAUCCUCGAAGGGAAACCCAUAUUGAAGCACCAUAUGGAUGUAUCGCUGGUUCCCAACUGGGCUGGAACUCACCAACUCAGGCGUUGUGAACUAAAAGGUGAUGAACUUGUUUUGGGUCCUGUGACCCCGUGGUCUUUAAAGGGAGCCUUAGUUGACCAGUUUUUAACGUGGCGAAAGGUCAACAGCUCUUAA